AUGGCAGGAUCCAUCGACUAUGCGCGCCUGCGCGAGCAGACCAUGGGGUCUGGUCUGGAUGAAGAGGCGGUUACAGUCAACACACGAGCCUUGAUUGACAAGGUCUUGGCCAGAUAUUCUGGAGAAUGGACGACUCUGCGUGAGCUCAUACAGAAUGCCGCCGACGCUCAAGCCACAAAGGUCACGAUCAAAUUCGAAACUCUGCCCUCCCCGAAUGUCCCUGUACCGCCAGCUAGCGACCCUUCCGCCCAACUCAAGCACGUUUUGACCAACCACACCCUACAACGACUGCUAGUAUCAAACAAUGGCCAGUCGUUUGCCGAGACGGAUUGGCAACGUUUGAAGAGAAUUGCAGAGGGAAACCCAGAUGAGACGAAAAUUGGUGCCUUUGGUGUUGGCUUCUACAGUGUCUUUGCCGAUUGUGAGAACCCCUUUGUCAGCUCAGGCGACCAGACCAUGGCGUUCUACUGGAAGGGCAACAGCUUGUUCACCAGAAGAGGCAAACUACCAAAGGAACAGGCCACAGGCGAGACUGCCUUUGUCCUCGACUACCGCAACACAACCUCUCCCGUACCCAACCUAAUGUCCAUCUGCCAGUUUCUUGCUACUAGUCUGACCUUUGUUGGCCUUCAAUCCAUCGAGCUGUGGGUUGACCAUUGGAAUAUGAUCACGCUCAACAAGAAGAUGGCUCCGUCUGCUGAUGUUAGUAUCCCACACGACGUGAAUCCCAAGACGAAAGAAGGGCUCAUGAAAAUCGUUGGUGUGGAAUAUCAAAACGCUCAGAUCGACGCAAAAUGGUGUAACGUCAUCGGCUGGACUCGUGUGGCUGGUGCUCAGCAACAACUGCAGGCAUCCUCAUCAGAAGCACCAACCCAAUCCCUACGAGGCUUCUUCAGUCGCUUUACAUCAGCUGCUACCGGCCCUAGUGCGGCUGCCAAACGUGCUGCCAAGGAAGAGGAAGCUGUUCAGAGAGCUAUAUUCGAAGAUCUUGCAGGUACAAGUACAGCUUCCGUCUUCUUGCGAAUCAGCACUGUCAAUGUGCAAACCUACGUCAACAAGAGUCUAGCCGCUGAACUCGAGCGUGCUACGAAAAAGCCUCCACCAAAGCAUACAAGGAUUGCCAUUCUGACAUCUUCAUACGACGAGAGCUCCGUGUCCAUGGCAACUCUUUCAGGCUCAUCUUCUGGCAAGGCUUCUGAGAUCUUUGCUUCCGUACUUCCUAGUAAGAAUGGACGUGUUUUCAUUGGUUUCCCUACUGCGCAGACCACUGGUCUCCUCGCACACAUCUCGGCUCCCUCCGUCAUUCCUACUGUCGAACGUGAGAGCAUCGAUCUGAACGCCCGCUGGGUACGCACCUGGAACGUAGAGAUGCUACGUGUUGCCGGCAUAGCAUGCCGUGUUGCUUACACAGGAGAUAUGGCCGAGCUCAAGAGCAAGUUGGAGCGACAAAUGAAGACCUCAGGCAACAAGAAGGUCCAGAAAGAGGAUCUUGAAGCUGUCAUGGCUUCUGCUAUCCACACCUUCAAGCAAUACACUUUUUCAGAAUCCACACCAUCUUCACAGGUUGGCGCCAUCAUUGAGGAAGCAUUCUGGACAUGUAAUCAGAAAGGAUCUAUCAACCUGUUGUCCACUCGUGGUGUGCUUCCUAGCUUCGAAGUUCGUGUUGCAACCGAAGACCUCAGCUUUGUGGAUGGCAUUCCUGUGGUACCUAACGAGAUCAUGGAGAAGGCCUCAGUCUUCAUGCGCAAUCUCAAAGAGUACGGGCUGUUAUCUGAUAUCACUACUCAUGAUAUCAAGAAAGAGCUAGAAGCCCGAGCCUUGGAAGAGAAACAACUGUCUGAGCUGAUCAAAUGGGCAGCCGGCAAAUUGAGUCGAAACGAACUAGAUGUUUCCGCUCUUCACUCACUCUUCGAUGGCACUGUUGCUACAAUUGUCGAGGAACACGCUAGCACGUAUCCCGGACCGGUUUUGCUCUUAGGGAGCAUCGAUUCGUUCCCCAAUCCCAGCAAAAUCCCUGCAGAACUCCCUGCACCACCUACAACCAUUCCUUUCCGCUUCGUCAAGAAUAUUCCUAAAAAUCAACUUGAAGCGUUUGGUUGGACUGAAAUGCAGAUCGUGCCUUGGCUACGUUACAUCAUUGAGAAAGAUGGUGCUGGUCUCUCUGCUGAGCAAAGCAUUACUAAAUCGCCGCAAUUUUCUGGACAGGUACUUGCUACAAUCUCCAAGUCUUGGGAUGGCCUCAGUCAAUCCUCCAAAGGUACUGUUGUACAACUCCUGGAGCCAAGAACAGUCAUACCUACCAAGCUUGGUAUGCGAAAACCAUCUCAGUCCUACUUCGCCUCUGUUAGGCUUUUUGACGACCUGCCUACGGUUCAUGGCCUUCAGGGUGUCAAAGAGAAGUUCCUUGUGCCGCUUGGAGUCCGUAAAACUGUGGAGCUGUCCGUGGUCUUUGACAGACUCAUGGCUAAGUCAUCUGGUGCUGCUGAAGGGAAGUGGAGUCACGUUGACUUGAUCAAAUACCUCAUCAGUGUCCAGAAUGAUAUUCCGAGUGAAGACUAUGAAAAGCUGCGUAAGACGCCAAUCUGCCCUGCAGAGAAUCAAAGCGAUUCGAAAUCAACCGACAGCAAGCUUUACAAGGUGUCAGACCUCUAUGCGCCGCUGCCUGUCCUGAGAGAGCUCGGUGUGCCAGUGCUACAAUGGCCUCGAGAGUUAACCAAAGACAGUCCAGAGUCCAAGUUCCUAAGCGUCUUAGGUCUCAAAGCAUACCCUGCUGUUCAAGAUCUGAUACCAAUCAUGACAACAGCCGCCGACGCAAAUGACUCGAAGUUGUAUGAAAAGGCUCUCCAAUACUUCAUCACCAACCACUACGCCAACGGAUAUCGCAACUUUCCGAUUGAAAGGGUUACAGUGCCUUUCUUGCCGCUUAGAGAUGGAGAUUUGAAGAAGCUGGCACCACCCUCAAAGUGCUUCGCGAAUAGCAAAUCUGCUACCCUCGGCUUUCCAAUCAUUCGAGAUGAUCUGCAGAAGCAUGCUGCCUUGCUCGGCGUAGCUCAGGAUCCUCCUAUUGAUAUUUGUGCUGAGAGACUCAUCAAGAGCCCACCUAAAAGUCGUGCGGAUGCUAAGAGCGUCUUCGGCUAUUUUGCAGGUCGACUCAAUGAGAUUCGUUCUGGUGGCACCCUUGCCGAAAAGUUGGGAGAAUCACGCAUAAUCCCGAUUGUUGGCUCUGGCCUCAGCUACGAGAAGAACGAGAACGUUCGGUACGCUGCUCCUAAAGCUUGCUUCCUGGGAGACAGCGCUACCUAUGGGGAGAUCUUCGACUUUAUCGACUUUGGCUCUGAAGCCAACUCUUUCCUGUUGAGAAUCGGAUCAAAGCACGAACCCAGCGCCCCCGAGCUUGCGGGUAUGCUCGUUCGUGAACCCUCGCGCUUGUUGAGCACUCUCGGCCAAGAGAAGUACCUGAGCCUUUUGCGUCGUAUAGCAGACAACGCAAAUGGCCUAAAGAACGACAAAAUGCUUUGGGCCGCGCUAAAACGCUCUCCCUGUUUGCUUGCUGUCAAGGAAAUUGCGCCCGCAGCUAGCAAAGCCACGGAGGAUGAGCAAGACUAUCUCGAAGAGAAUGAAGCAGCCAUCAAGGAAUGGCAUCUUGCUGUGCCCUCGAGUAUAAUCCUUGUUGAUGACUUUUACAGCUACCGCCUUUUCAAGGAGAGAUUGCUUGCUGGACCUCAAGAGGAAAUACUCGAGAACUUGUACGCUGGUUUGGGAGCUACCUGGAUCAGUAGUCUGAUUGAAGAUGACCAGCGCAUGGGCGGACUCCUACCUGACCAGACUGGUGCAGCUAAACUUCAGAGCCUCAUUGUUGAGCGUUGUCGUUUGUUCUUGCACGAUCACACCGCAGAGGUGAUUCGUCACGACGCGAAGUGGCUUGAGGGAGUACUGGCUGUCAAGGUUGUCAGCUCGUUGACUUUGACCAAGACGUUGCGCGGCUACAACGCGACAUAUAAAGAGAAGAGGACAGCUGCUCUACACAGAGACACGAAGAAGGAUGCUACUUUGUAUGUGACCGCUCGUCCUGACUUCUACGAAGUUGCUCGUGCGAUCAUGUCUCUUUUGCUCAAAAGGCCAAAACAACAAGACUUCCUCGCUUUGGAGAUGAUCCUGGAUAGUGAUCUACGUCGCUUGAAAACGAAGGGCUAUAAUGUAGACCGCAUCCUACGUCAGAAAGCCGCUGAGAACCGUUUGGCCGAGAACAAACGACAACAGCAAAUUGAAGAGGAACAGAAAAGGAUUGCAGAGCGAGAGGCAGAAUGGAACGCGCAGCAACAGUCAAAAGCUAUCGAUGUACCUCAAGCCACUCCUGAGAGACCUAAACCGAUACCUGGUGCUUUCGAGGCUUCGCCCGAGAACACCAUUGCGCAGCGUCCCAAAAAGAGCACUGGGUUCUUCUCCAACCUUCAAAGACAGCUUGGAUUCGAAACAAGUUCAAAUGAGCGGGAAGUACAGCAGCAGCAGCAAAGUCAGAAGCAGUUGCAAGACACAUCUCACUCAGAGGCAGGACCUUCCGACGCCCCACCACCCUACUCGGAAAAUCCUGGGCAAGUCGUGAAGAAGUCUACAGUCACCCAGCAACCUGAAAAGAUUACCCCACCUCAUCAGAUCACUCAGAACCUGAUCUCCGCAGUGAACUCCUCACGCGCGCACGAUUCGUCUGCACUGUUCUCUCCGCCUACAGAAAACACAGUCAAGGAGACCCCAUCCUACUGUGAUUCUACCCCUGGUCAGGACCUUACAUUCAUCGGGAACACUUCUGCAGGUGUCAAGAUCUUUCUUGCUAACGCAAUUCCUGCGUCUACGAGAGCCACUUUCUUGCAAGCUCAUGCAGCGCAAUUGAACGCAUUUGCGGCUCUCUUGCUCGAUGUCGGAAAUGUCUUCCUUCUUCGACCACAAUCCUUGCAUAUAUACUACAAUGAAUCCGGUAGCAGCAUUGCUUUCAAUCGUCAGGGCUCGAUCUUCUGCAAUCUACGCUACUUCCUGCAGCUGCAUUGGCAGAAUUUCGGCACUGCUGGAGGUGUAGGCAAGCAAGCAGCAGCGGUGUAUUGGUUCGUCACUUUGUGUCACGAGUUGGCGCACAAUCUGGUUUCAGAGCAUAGUCAACAGCACGAGUUUUAUACUGAGAGCUUUGUGACCGAGUACUUUGGAAAGAUGAUGGGCAAGUGUGGGCAGUAUGUCAAUGAAGCUGCCAUUCAGGGAUAA